UAUACAGGGAGAAUCUUCCUCCGAUUAAGUUGACGUCAAUACACAUCUAAAAGGAGUACGUCUCUAUCCGGUUAACCGAAGACGUUGGCUGAUUUAUUUCUGGUUUCAUAUCCUUAUCAAAAUGGGGUCUUUGAAGAAGGAAGAAGAAAUGGGGCAGAUUGGGGAGGAAUCCAAGGAGGCUAUCGUAUACGUUAAUGGAGUCCGCAAAGUGUUGCCUGAUGGAUUGGCUCACUUGACUCUGCUGGAGUACCUCAGAGACAUUGGAUUGACUGGAACGAAGCUUGGCUGCGGUGAAGGUGGUUGUGGGGCUUGUACUGUGAUGAUUUCUCAUUACGACAGAAAGACAAAGAAAUGCAUGCAUUAUGCUGUCAAUGCCUGCUUGGCUCCUCUUUAUUCUGUAGAAGGAAUGCAUGUUAUUACAGUGGAGGGACUUGGGAACCACAAACGUGGCUUGCACCCCAUACAAGAAUCAUUGGCACGUUCUCACGGCUCCCAAUGUGGAUUUUGCACUCCUGGAUUUAUCAUGUCAUUGUAUGCAUUAUUGCGGUCUAGUGAAACACCUCCUACUGAAGAGCAAAUUGAAGAAUCUCUUGCUGGAAACUUGUGUCGUUGCACUGGUUACAGACCGAUUGUUGAUGCAUUUCGGGUUUUUUCCAAAACCAAUAAUGCAUUAUAUACUGAUAUAUCUUCACUUAGCCUUCAGGAAGGUGAGUUUAUUUGCCCUUCAACAGGUAAGCCAUGUUCAUGUGGGUCAAAAGCUGUACAUGAUAUAGGCACCAAUGAACAACCUAUUUGUAGUACUAGAUAUAAACCUAUCUCUUACAGUGAGGUAGAUGGAAGCGCAUAUACAGACAAGGAAUUUAUUUUUCCUCCUGAGCUGUUACGAAGGAAAUUAACUCCUUUAAAUUUGAGUGGACUGGGAGGGCUUAAAUGGUACCGUCCCUUCACGGUGAACGAUGUGCUUGAGUUGAAGGAGAAAUACCCAAAUGCUAAAUUGUUAGUAGGUAAUACUGAAGUUGGUAUUGAGAUGAGGCUGAAGAGAAUGCCAUAUCAAGUUUUGGUCUCUGUUGCACAUGUUCCUGAACUCAAUAUUAUAAAUGUUAAGGAUGAUGGAAUAGAGAUAGGUUCUGCAGUAAGACUGACUGAACUCUUAAAUUUAUUUAGAGAGGUUAUAACUCAACGUCCUGCUAAUGAAACAUCAGCAUGCAAAGCCUUCAUUGAGCAGUUGAAGUGGUUUGCUGGGACUCAAAUAAGAAAUGUUGCAUCUGUUGGAGGAAAUGUGUGUACAGCUAGUCCAAUUUCAGACUUAAACCCACUUUGGAUUGCCGCUAGAGCAAAAUUUCGAAUCAUUGACUGCAAUGGAAAUAUUAGAACCACUCUGGCAGAAAAUUUCUUCCUUGGCUACCGUAAAGUGGAUUUGACCAGUAACGAAAUAUUAUUGUCAAUAUUCUUACCUUGGACUAGGCCCUUUGAAUAUGUCAAAGAAUUUAAACAGGCACAUAGAAGGGAUGAUGAUAUUGCUAUUGUGAAUGCUGGAAUGCGUGUCUGUCUGCAGGAGAAAAGUGAAGAAUGGGUUAUUUCAGAUGCAUCAGUUGCUUAUGGCGGGGUGGCACCACUCUCUUUAUGUGCAAUUAAAACAAAAGAAUUUUUAAUUGGAAAGAAAUGGAACCAGGAUGUGCUACAGGGUGCUUUGAAUGUCUUACGAACUGAUAUUGUGCUCAAGGAAGAUGCUCCUGGUGGGAUGGUGGAGUUUCGAAAAUCUUUGACCCUUAGCUUCUUCUUUAAAUUUUUCCUUUGGGUUUCACAUCAAAUUGAGGGAAAGAAAUCCAUUAAGGAAAGUGUAUUAUUAUCAGAUUUGUCAGCUAUAAAGUCAUUUCACCGCCCACCACUAGUUGCAAGUCAGGACUAUGAAAUCAGGAAACAUGGAACAUCUGUAGGUUCACCUGAGGUUCAUCUAUCAUCCAGGCUUCAGGUUACUGGAGAGGCAGAAUAUGCUGAUGACUCACCAAUGCCUCCUAAUGGUUUGCAUGCAGCAUUAGUUUUGAGCAAAAAGCCUCAUGCUCGAAUAUUAUCCAUAGAUGAUUCAGGUGCCAAGGCUUCACCCGGAUUUGCUGGCAUCUUCUUUGCCAAGGAUGUUCCUGGUAGUAAUAAAAUUGGACCAGUUGUCUUGGAUGAGGAGCUAUUUGCUUCAGAGUUUGUCACUUGUGUGGGGCAGGUUAUAGGAAUUGUUGUGGCUGAAACCCAUGAGAAUGCUAAACUAGCAGCAAGAAAAGUUCAUGUGGAGUAUGAAGAGCUCCCAGCAAUCUUGUCGAUAGAGGAUGCAGUCAGAGCAGAAAGUUUUCAUCCCAACUCGCAGAAGUGUCUGAAAAAAGGGGAUGUAGAUCUCUGUUUCCAAUCAGAUCAAUGUGAAAUGAUCAUAGAGGGGAAGGUUCAAGUGGGUGGUCAAGAACACUUCUAUUUGGAGCCACAUAGCAGCUUAAUUUGGACUCUGGACAGUGGCAAUGAAGUUCAUAUGAUUUCAUCCACUCAAGCCCCUCAGAAGCACCAGAAAUAUGUUUCUCAUGUUCUUGGUCUUCCUAUGUCUAAAGUAGUUUGUAAAACUAAAAGGAUUGGUGGUGGAUUUGGUGGAAAGGAGACUAGAUCAGCUUUCCUUGCUGCUGCUGCGGCUGUGCCAUCUUAUCUGAUGAAUAGACCCGUGAAAUUAACACUAGAUAGAGAUAUAGACAUGAUUACAACGGGCCAACGCCAUAGCUUUCUCGGAAAGUACAAGGUUGGAUUUACAAAUAAGGGAAAGGUUCUGGCUUUGGAUCUUGAAAUCUACAAUAACGCUGGAAAUUCACUGGAUCUGUCCCUUGCGGUACUUGAGCGUGCUAUGUUUCACUCAGACAAUGUCUAUGAGAUACCAAAUGUCAGAAUCUUUGGAAGUGUUUGCUUCACUAAUUAUCCAAGUAACACUGCAUUCCGAGGAUUUGGUGGUCCUCAAGGUAUGCUUAUAGCUGAGAAUUGGAUUCAAAGAAUUGCUUUAGAACUUAAAAAGAGUCCAGAAGAGAUUAGGGAGAUUAACUUUCAAGGUGAAGGAUCAAUAUUGCAUUAUGGUCAACAAUUAGAACACUGUACUCUGGCUCCGAUCUGGAAUGAGCUGAAAGUAUCUUGCGACUUUCUGAAGGUUCGAGAAGAAGUUGAUGGAUUUAAUCUUCAUAAUCGGUGGAAGAAGCGUGGUAUUGCUAUGAUUCCAACGAAAUUUGGCAUAUCCUUUACAACUAAGUUUAUGAAUCAGGCGGGAGCUCUUGUUAAUGUCUACACUGAUGGAACUGUUUUAGUUACACAUGGAGGUGUUGAGAUGGGGCAAGGUUUACAUACAAAAGUUGCUCAAGUUGCUGCAUCUGCCUUCAAUAUCCCUCUCAGCUCAGUCUUUAUAUCAGAGACAAGUACUGACAAGGUUCCUAAUGCUUCUCCAACAGCAGCUUCUGCUAGUUCUGAUAUGUAUGCCGCUGCAGCUUUGGAUGCAUGUGAGCAGAUAAAGGCACGUAUGGAACCAAUUGCUUCUCAGCAUAAUUUUGGUUCUUUUGCUGAGCUGGUCACUGCAUGUUACUUGGAGCGAAUAGACCUUUCUGCCCAUGGAUUUUAUAUCACGCCUAAUAUUGGCUUUGAUUGGAGCACCGGUAAAGGAAAGCCGUUCAGUUAUUUUACCUAUGGAGCUGCAUUCGCUGAGGUUGAAAUUGAUACAUUGACUGGAGAUUUCCACACUAGAACCGCAAAUAUUUUCAUGGAUCUAGGAUAUUCUCUCAAUCCAGCAAUUGAUGUUGGCCAGGUUGAAGGAGCAUUUAUCCAAGGUCUGGGUUGGGUUGCCUUGGAAGAACUUAAGUGGGGCGAUGCAGCUCAUAAAUGGAUUCCACCUGGCUGCUUGUAUACAUGUGGGCCUGGAAGUUACAAAAUCCCUUCUCUUAACGAUGUUCCGUUCAAGUUUAAUGUUUCUCUAUUGAAGGGUAAUCCAAAUGUAAAAGCCAUUCACUCAUCAAAAGCUGUUGGGGAGCCUCCGUUUUUUAUGGCUUCAUCUGUUUUCUUCGCCAUCAAAGACGCGAUUUUAGCUGCCAGAGCAGAAACAGGUCAUACAGGGUGGUUUCCGCUUGAUAAUCCCGCAACACCGGAACGAAUCAGAAUGGCAUGUCUAGAUGAAUUUACAGCACCAUUUGUAAGCUCUGAUUUCCACCCAAAGCUUAGUGUUUGAGAAAUUAUGUAACUCUACUCUAAAGUGGGUAGAGAUUUCGUGAACGCAUAAUUUAUGAAAUUAAGGGAUUUAAGAUCA